CCCCCAGGGCCCCCCGCAGGGCUGCUUCACCUGCAUCGCCAAACCCCCGGCUCUCCGGCAAGCUUCGCCUGUCCUGUCUCCUUCUUCUGCCGUUUAUCUCAUGGAGAGCAAGAGCUGCAAAGGGGACAGCCUGCGGCCGGCGGUCCCGUGCAAGCACUCAGUGGAGAAGAAGACGAUGACCAACCCCACCACCGUCAUCGAAAUCUACCCCGACACCACCGAGGUGAAUGACUACUAUCUGUGGUCCAUAUUCAACUUCGUAUACCUCAACUUCUGCUGCCUCGGCUUCAUCGCCUUGGCCUAUUCAUUGAAAGUCCGGGAUAAGAAACUCCUCAAUGACUUGAAUGGAGCAGUGGAAGAUGCCAAGACAGCCCGACUUUUUAACAUCACCAGCUCAGCCCUUGCCACCUUCUGUAUCAUCCUCAUCUUCAUCUUCCUGCGAUACCCCCUCACUGACUACUAGAGUGAGGCCAACA